AUGGGGAAUUGUUAUCACUCUAGAAAGAAUACAGUAGUUUUAGCUUUCGAUUAAGCAGAAUAUUCUCAAUUGAAUUAAUAAUUUUAAUAUUAUUGUGAAUUAAGUAGUGAGUAAAAAUAUUUAUAUUAUUAGAACUCGUGAUAUAAAAGCACUUAAUUAGCGAUCUUUUGAAGAUAUAUUUUUAGAAAAUCCUACAUUUGGUAUUAAGUUAUUUAAGUUUCUUGAAUUGUAUUCUGGAACUGAUGGAAUCAUAAAGAAAGAACCCUUGUUUGAAUUUUGUAAUAAUUAUACUUCUAACAUUUUAGUGGAGCUUUUAGUCAAAGAUGUAUAAACAUCAGUUCCAGCAUUUAAAAAUCUAGAAAGAUUCGAAUUGAUGUCCUUGAUCACUUUAUAGAAUUAUAGAUAUGUGAAAUCAAAAGAAGAGUUAGCUUAAUUACAAUUAACAUAUCUUGAUACUUUAUGUGUUAUUAAAGUAUUCAAAAUAUAUCAUUGUAGGAUAUUAUUAAAAUGUAUUAACAUAAUUAAAAAAAUGCUGCAACUAAUGAAAAAUAUAUUAAAUCAUUAAUAGAUUAACUAUACAGUAUUCAAUAUAUUUUAUAAUAGAAAAUGAAUCAGGUUCAUUAUCUUGGAUUUAAUUAAUGGAUUUCAUCUAAAAAUAAAUGCCAGGAGCAAGUUAUCUAAUAAAAAAGUAUUUUUAAGCUAAAUUUAUGGGUAAAUAAUUUAAUGUAAUAAAUAUUAUUAUUUAUAAGAAUACUAUUCCAAUUAUCAAUACACCAUCAUAUUUUAUAACUGAUGAAUUAUUUUUCUAAUUAUUAUUGAGUACAUAAGCAGUACUUACUGAUUGUAAUUAAUUAACUUUAUUGUAUUCAAAUAUUGCACAUUAAGGUGGAUUUAAUUAAAUGGUAUAAUCUCUAAAAGGUAUAUUUAAUCUAAAAUUUAGAUUGUAAACUACCCACUCUUAUGUUUUUUUAACAUGAAGAAAAUUAUGAAUAAAAAACUAAAUAAUAAAUAUUUGGAGCUCUUACUAAUCUUAGAUGGUAUGAUACUAAAUAAUAUUUUGGAACAAAAAAAGAUUGUAUUUUUAGUCUAUAUCCAUAUUUUAAAAUAUAUAGAUCUAAAAAGAGAGGAGAAUAAAAUUAUUGUUUUCUUGAUUCUAACAAAGGAUUUGGUUUUGGUGGUAAAAAUGGAGAAGGAUGUAGAAUUUGGAUUGAUAAGAAUUUGUAAAACUCUUAUUGCUCUUAAAUUGAUGAAUCUUAUGACAAUGGUCCUCUAAUUUUAUCUUAUGUUAAGAAAUUGUAAAUAAAUAUUAUUGAAAUAUGGGCUAUUCAACAUCCAACAGAUGAAAAUGAUGAAAAUUUUGAUAUUAAAAUGGAUUUGAAGGAUCCUCUUUUAGAAAAACCAGAAGAAUUCUAAUAUCCUAAUUCUAAUGCUGAUUUCUAUUGGACCUAAUAACCAAAAAAAGAGGAAAGAAAUUCAGGUUAUUAUUGGGAAAAUAAUAAUGUAAGUUGAUAUAUUAUAUAUAUAUUUAUAAUAAAUUGCC